AUACCAGGGACAAUGGACAGGAGGGAUGCGACAUGGAUAUGGUGUACGUCAGAGUGUACCCUAUGGCAUGGCAACUGUGAUACGUUCACCCCUCCGAACGUCUCUAGCUUCACUUCGAAGUGAGCAGAGCAACGGCACUGUUCUGCAUGAUGUCACUUCAGACAGUCCGGCUGGAACAAGAGGAGGUUUUGUGCUCAAUUUUCACAGUGAUCCAGAAGCCAUGGGCAUUAAGAAAAAAGGAGGCUUAUUCAGAAGAGGUUCCCUUCUUGGUAGUAUAAAACUUAGAAAAUCUGAAUCUAGGUCAUCGAUAUCUAGCAAACGGAGCUCCGUCAGGAGCGAUGCUGCCAUGAGCAGAAUUAGUUCCAGUGAUGCCAACUCUACAAUUAGUUUUGGAGACGGUGACUGUGAUUAUUGCCCUAUGGAAGACCAUGUUGAUGCCACCACUACAGAAACCUAUAUGGGUGAAUGGAAGAAUGAUAAGCGCAGUGGUUUUGGUAUUAGCGAGCGUUCAAAUGGUAUGAAAUACGAAGGAGAAUGGCUAAAUAACAGGAGGCAUGGAUAUGGAUGUACCAUGUUUCCAGAUGGCACCAAAGAAGAAGGAAAAUACAAAAAUAACGUUUUGGUCCGUGGAAUAAGAAAGCAACUUAUACCAAUACGAAACACAAAAACUAGAGAAAAGGUGGACAGAGCAAUAGAGGGUGCACAGCGAGCAGCUGCCAUGGCAAGAACCAAAGUGGAAAUUGCAACUUCAAGAACUGCACAUGCAAGAGCUAAAGCUGAUGCUGCGGAUCAGGCUGCUCAGGCUGCUCGCCAGGAAUGUGAUAUUGCAAGAGCAGUUGCCAGAGAACUUUCACCAAAUUUCUACCAACCAG